AUGGAACUGUCGAGGCGUAGUAGGCGUUCAAGAGUCACCAAGGUGCCAUUUACACCUUCUAAAUUAAAAUCUAAAGAUGCGAAAGUAGAUACUGUAAAUCUUACUGUACUCCCCGUAAACUAUGAACUUGAUAGGAGUAAAGCAAUAAAGAAUAAAAUUGAGGCUGCUUCUAGACCUCACUUAGUAAUAUUAUCUAUGGCACGAGGAAACAUUGUGAUAACUUUUUCAGCAGCUGCCUAUGAAGAAUUUAAAAGUGUAACAAUAAACUAUCUACAUAGCAAAGGGCUUACCUUAAACACCACAGAAACUACAGAGAAAAGGGGGGCCGUUGUUUCUGAGUCAACUGCCGUUUUUGAAGGAAAUAACAAACUCUUUGUGUUAAAUUUCUAUAAUUCAAAAUCGAAGAUACUGUUAAAUGGGAAUCAAGGUCAUAUUAUAACUUUUGUGGAGAACUACUUGAUACAUAUUUUAGACAUUUUAGAUAGAAAUGACUCUUUUAGUGACAUAAAUGAGCAGAUCCGUGAAUACUGUAAACAAUUCCUUAAUAAGUCGGGUCAGUCAGCAGAAAAUUGUCAAGAGAUUGAAACAGCAUCUACUGGGAAAAAACUGUCUUCAUUAAAUGUAAAUAAAGCUUUGUCUCUUCCAGCUGUGGACAAUGCAGCAUGUGGUAAUGAACCACUCAUAGGUCCCCAGUUCCCACUGUGUUUGGUAUGUAAUAAACAAUGUGAUGAAAAUCCCACAUCUGUAGCCUGUGACAUUUGUUAUCAGUGGAUACACUUCAAAUGUGAGGGUUUAACACCAGAAAAUGUAUUAGAGAUAGAGCUUAAAGACGAUUUAUAUAUAUGUAGGAUGUGUACCAGUCAGCGGGGUACUGUAAACUCAGACAUGGACAUUGCUGUUAAUUCUUGUGUUCGCCAGGCAAAUCUUAAUAGCAACACAGAAAGUGUAGGUCAAACACCCUCGACUAGAACUUUUGAAUUAAAAGAGAACUGUCAGCCAACUGCUAUGACUGAAAGUUUGCUAGAUCAAGUAAAUACCUUACCAUCUGGUCCGAAUAUGGCUAAUUCACCUGAUAACACUGAAUUACAUAAAGCAGAGAUUGCUCAUCUCCAAACUCAAAUUGAAAAAAGAGAUAAAUUAUUGAAAGUUAAAGACAGUAAAAUUCUGAAAUAUGAGUCUGAAAUUGAUCAACUUAAAAAGCAGUUAGCUACCAAUCGUGCAUACUCUAUAACUUUGGAAGAUAAGAAUAAAGACCUUCAACAUUCUUUACUAAUAAUUAACCAGAGAGUUGAACAGUUAGAAAAUUAUCCAACACAAGGUUCUACUAAUUCACAUUCUUGUACACAAAAUGUACAGAGUACACCACAGUCUGAAAUAGGAGAAAUGAAAAUUUGGUUUUUAGAGCAAAAGGUUAGGCAAUUAGAACUUGAUGUGCAUAAAAAUAACACUGAAUUAUCUUUCAUAAGAAACUCGCAUGUGCCUCAUGUAAAAACUUCUCGUGGAAAGAAACGUCGAAAGCCAUAUAUGCAAAAUGAUAAUAAUAAAACGCAUGCUCAAAUCGGCAAGUUUACAUAA